CACGUUUGACGAAACCGUUCUACCAUUUAAAACCAAUACAUCCUCUCCUGCACCCACAUAAUUUUUUGGAUGACACAAAUAUCAUGCACCGCCUCUUGCCGUACUUAUCCGAAACAAUCCUCCCAAACCAGUAUUCGGUCAACACCGAUUCCUUUGCCACUCAUACAACUCCACCCCAUAUCAUAGCCCAUACGUCCUACUAGAUAGAAUUUGUGUAUAGUGAGGACUCUCUUGUACAUAGCCUAUUAAUAGGCUCGUUGAAUAAGAUGAACACCACGGUGGAUUUUAUAUUCCAACUGUGACAUUUUUUGCCAACAAAUGAAUUGCUACGGAAGUUUGCAAGAUAUAUUGACAAAUUGUUCAAUGAGAAGAGUCAAAGAGAGGAAGAAAUCAUGCAAGGAAGCUCAAAAACCAAGAAGGGGUCGCCUAUAUGACUACUUUUGAUGAAAAUGGACGAUGCAUAAAGACACAUGUUCGUAUUUUGAUCAUAACUUGGCGCAUGAUUGCCCAAAGUUUGUGAUACCAGUUGGAUUACAUUGACAUCUUCUUGAUAUACAACUAUUAUUAAGAACACAUAACCAAAUAACAAUCGUAGAAUGGACAUAUUUCUCAAAGAAGUUAGACAUUUGCAGUUGCGAUGGAAAGUGACACGUGCUCACCGUUUUGCUCAUAUCUCAUAAACUACAAAUCCAGUGCAUGUAACUCAAAUCCCAGUAGUUAGCCAAGAAAGAUAUCUACAACUUUGUUGAAGACAACUUUUCCAUUUGACGUAAUGCGAUCGACAAGUUGGCCGCCUUUCUGGGUGCCUACGAGUUUUUGACAGUUUUAGCACACCACACUUUGCAUAACGACAAAAUGAUGGAAGACUGUCGACGAGGGACGGAGGCAGGCCGCCCUACAUGGCCGCCCUACAUGGCCGCCCUCCGUGGCUUCCUGCGGCGGGAUGUGAUGUUUGAGCUGCCGGUUUCUGAGACAAGACGGGAGGCGGCCACGGAGGACAGCCAAUGGGCGCCUGCGACGGAUUUGACGCGUACACGUAGCUUUGUUGGGGAAGUGACCGAAGGUUGCCGAUCAUGGCCGGAAGGCGGCCGCCCUUCCGGCUUUAAAAGCCCUCUUACAUCCCCAACUCAAAACACACCAUCUCACACCCAACUCAGAUAAAAAUGGGUGUCUUUUUCCUCCUCAAAGCUCAGAUUUCCACCAUUGUUGGACCUUCAACUUCAAUCUUUCAUAUAUUUUUCAUUUUAGCUCCAAUUUAUAAGUUCUUUAUAUGAAAAUUCAUCUUCUCGUCAUGUAGAUUCUGAAUAUGUUUUUUUUCUUUCCAAAUGUUUGUGAAACAUUCUCUGCAUUAAUUUUAAGAAUUUCUUAUUUUCCAUAUUUAUUCAAGAAAAACAGUUCUUGUUGUUAUAUUAAUCUCCUACUUAGAUAAACUCAAUACCUAGUAUAAAUGAUGUUUAUUUGUGACAGAAACAAA